CAUGGCCUAUACCGAUCAUGAUAUUCUCACCAUGUUCACUGAUAUUCGCGAUACAUAAGUGGAUAGGCCCACGGCGUUUCAGCAGCAUUUGAAUUAUUUAACACUGUCUAACAUGUAAUAUCGUAGUAGGCAAAAGUGAGAAUGUAACUGGAAUUGUUUUCGAUGAAUGCAGACAAAUUUGUCCGAUCCCUCGACGGUGCCGACACUGCCGACACUGCCAACGACGACUCCCCGACGACCCCGACGACAAUGCGGAAACGUUUGUUUCGCUAGAGAAGCGUCGAAAAACCGACGAGAUGAGCGUGGUAGAAACAGCGGGGCAGCACGCGGCGGGUACAUUUUCUACGAUGAUGCUGCCGCAGCGACAAUGCAGAUAUUGCAGAUAUUACUGUAGACAUCAUAGAUGUCGUAUGUGUGAUUAAUAUUAAGCAGUAAUUUCUCGAGAGUGGGUACUAAGAUAUAUCUCAAACUUCUUUACUUGGUACAAUGGCUUACGAUCCACGUAACGUGAAAUAUCCACCAAAUACCUCGCAGCGGCCCAACGUGGUUGGAUACAAUUAUUCUGGCCAUCCACCGCAGCAUUUCCAGCAAACCGAUGAAAAUCGGAAUGAAAACAAUUUGCGCAGCAGCAAAGAACUUUGUCCACAAAUCUCACAGCAGUCAUCCAGCACACAGACUGUGCAGAAAGUAGACGCUGCGACUAUGACGGAUCCUCUGCAAAUUGAUUUUAGGCUUUCCGAAUGCCUGGCACGUUGCUCUAGUACGUUAGGUUUACCAUACGCGACUAAAUAUGAGGACUGUGGUACAAAUUCUACGUAUCAAGAAGUAAGAGCAAAAAUCGAAUUUGAUAUUGAACCACAGCAUAUUAAUGGUAUGUUGGUUUACCAUUGCCCCGAGUGUGCAUAUAGAUUUAAUGAUCGGGAGGCACUUCACGAACAUCUUGAAGAUCAUAAACAGAGACCAUAUAUCUGUGAUAUUUGCGGGGCAAGCUUAAAACGAAAGGAACACUUGGAUCGUCAUAAGCAAGGUCAUAAUAAAGAUAGACCAUAUCAAUGUAACAUGUGUUGUAAAGCAUUUAAACGUAACGAGCACUUGGCACGUCAUAUGAUUACUCACUCAGGUAGCAAAAAUCAAAUUUGUACCGAAUGCGGCAAAGCUUUUUAUAGAAAAGAUCACUUGAAGAAACAUUUGCAAAGUCAUAAUAGCAGUCGAGGCAAAAAUUUAAAUAUUUCACAUAACAAUCCCAACGAUCAGCAGCCAAGCAACCAAGGAUUGAGUAAUUUUACUAUGAUGAUGAGGCAAUCUGGCCCUCCCGCACUUUCAAUUUUACGGACAUAGUUAUUACGCUAGAUUUAUGUAACGUGCGUUCAUAUCUACGUCAGCAAAUCAUUUUUACUUUAUUAUUUAGAUAAUUUUAUUCUAUAAGCUUUAAUACGCGCGAAUGAGCCUUAUCCAACAUACUCAACUUUGCGCGCGACAAGUACUUUCCUAGAGAAUUUGUUAUAUCGAUAUAAGAACCCAUGUUCCUAAGGGAGUAUAUCUUAUUGCUGUGUAUUUUGUCGACAGGUAGAUAAGAUUACGAUAAUGUUAUAUACUGUUUUUGUAAUGUCCUUUAUAAUACACUAUACGUGUAGAAUGUUGUCUGUAUAUUAAGAAUAUAUCUGUUGGCAUUUUUUGAAACUUGAACAAGUUCGGUAUUAAUUCAAAGUGAUAAAUGACAUAUUUUACUUUAUUACAUUAUUCCUGAUCUUUUUGCUCUUGGAAGAAAUCUUGGAAAAACUGCAAUAUCCGGUAAAUUUCACUAAUACCACAUACUAACAGUUACGUUAUAUUAUCGUCUACAUUGAGAUUCUGUUCUUAAACAGAAUUGAGUUUGAGAUUUAGUUUUUAUGCUUCUUAUCUGAAGCGAUAUUCUUCGUUUCUUCAAGAGAUCAAUUUACAAACGUAGGCAUUAUAAGACAAUAGAAAUAAAUCAUGAAAUGCUGAAAUGCAUUAAAUAUCUUCGUAAGCGGAGGAGAAAGGAUGUCAAUAUAAUUUGACAAUAUUACGCAAUAGCAUGUUGCUUCUACAAGUCGUCGAUUUUUCUUUACUUUUCUUUUGCUUGCAAAGUAAGGAAUUGAUAGGCAGACUGA